UACGGCUCAUAUGUGAUUCACUAGGCCCCAAUUAGAGAUAUUUUGAUUAUUGAUCCGGGCCAAUUAACCGUGCGAAUAGGUCACACAGUUUGGAAAUGUUGAUAGCAACCUUGGGUUGAUGUCAUCAUCACCCAUAAUAGAUUUUAUCGUUUCCUUUCGGUAGGAGUGUGUUGAGCACUCCUACUUUUACAUGUUUUUUACGAUAAUUUUUCUUAAUUAUUCACGAUGGUGUUCGAGAGUGUCCUAACCUAUUUUCUGAACAAGUAUUUGGGGCCCUAUGUGGAAAACUUAGACACAAAUCAGCUAAACGUUGGAAUAUGGGGGGGGAACGUCGAAUUCACAGACCUAAUAUUAAAAAGAAGUGCUCUUGACUCCCUAGACUUGCCGGUACAAACAGUUUUUGGCAAAAUUGGCAAACUUGCCCUAAAAAUACCGUGGACUAAUUUAUACGGUGCCGAGUUUUUGAUAACCUUAGAAGACAUAUAUUUAGUUGUACAACCAAAUGCUCAGGUUGCCUACGAUGCCCUCAAAGAAGAAAAACGUGAAUACGAAAGGAAAUUACAACAACUACUGGCGGUUGAAAACGCCAAGAAAUUAGAGGCUGAGAAAGAUAAACCAAAGACCGACUACACUUUUGUCGAAAAGCUCUCCAUACAAAUUGUAAAGAACAUCCGCUUCUCAAUCAAAAACAUUCACAUUAGAUACGAGGAUGAAAUCACCAGUCCCAAUCCUUUUGCCAUCGGUGUCACUUUGGGGCAACUCGAGGUGGUAUCCACAGAUGAAAACUGGCAGAAAGCCAUUUCAACAGCUGACAUCACCAAAAUAUUUAAGAUACUCGAAUUGGAGUCUUUAUCACUUUACUGGAAUACUAAGACUACUUUAUAUGGAGACUUAUCAGUACCUGAGCUAUGUAAAAAGUUACCUGCCGAUAUACAAUCUAAAAAUAAUAAUACUAACAACAAAUUCAUUUUGGGACCCAUUAACGCCAUGGCACGUGUCAAGAUCAACCAGAAACCGGAGCUGGACAACUUCUCCGAGCCCAGCAUCCAGCUCAACUUCGACAUGCAAAAGCUGUUCGUGGGCGUCAGCCGCACCCAGUACUACGACAUCAUCGCCCUGACCGACUCCAUGAACAUCAUGAGCAAGGGUAUACCUUUCAGGAAGUACAGGCCCAACGUGGACUCUUACAAGGGUCAUUACAAAGAGUGGUGGCACUUCGCAUACACGUGUGUGCUGGAGUCGGAAGUGAGGAGGAAGAAACGGAACUGGGACUGGGACCACAUGAGGCAGUAUCGAGACCUGCUGAGGGAGUACAAAUGCCUUUACUUGAAGAAGCUGGACAACAAAAUCGAAAAAGCUGAGCAAUGCACUUUAGAGGAUUGUGAGAAGAAAAUAGACGUAACUAACAUUGUUAUAAUCAGAAAUCAGUGCGACCUAGAGUACGAACGGGUGGUCAAAACGAAGAAGAAAUCUGGUUGGCUCAAUUGGUUGUGGAGCAGCUCAUCAAAUGAAGAACCAAAGAGUGACAUAAAGGAAGAAAUUAAAUCUUGGAUGUGGUGGUUUGCUGGUUACGAUUCUGCAACCACAAUAAAACAACCACAAAACCACAGUAACGAACUUAUGAAAAUGAUGCAGGAGGCUCUGACGCCGGAAGAGAAGGCCAAAAUGUACAAAGCCAUUGGUUAUCAAGAAAACGCCGCCCCCACAAUUUUCCCCAAGGACUUCAUCGAAAACUCCCUGGUGUUCAUCUUACGAACCCUCGAAAUCAGCCUGUUCGACGACAGUCAAGACGUGGUAACCAGAGUCCUCAACACCCAGCUCACCGGCGUCAAGUCCAAAGUCGAAACCAGACCAACAGGAAACGGCUUAAAAGUGAGCGUACAAAUCGACAACUUCACCACCUACGGCUUACCUCAAGAAGAAGACUUCAUACCCCAGCUAAUUUCGUCCGAUGCAAAAGAACAGGGGUUGCUGAAGGUCGACUUCGAGAUGAACCCGUUGAAUUCGACGUGCGACCAACGAAUCCACAUAAAGGCGCAGCCGCUGAGGAUCGUCUACGAUGCGCAGACCAUCAUUAAAAUCACCGACAUUUUUACGGUGCCUUCCAACGACACAAUCGAUGAAAUGGCCGCAGCAGCCGGCGAAAAACUAACAGACGUCAGCCAGAAGACCGCCACCGGCCUCCAGUACGCCAUCAACAAGCAAAUCCAACUGGACCUGAACCUGGACUUCAACGCCCCCUACGUCAUAAUCCCCUACGGAGGCAAGUACACCGGCUCCGAAAACGUGCUCGUGGUGAACCUCGGUAACAUCAAGAUGUACUCGCUGCCCCGCAAACUGGACCGGCUGGACGUGAAGCAGCUGCACGCGCAGGGCAACACGCAGGAGGAGAUCCUGGCCAGCAUCACGGAGAACGCCUACGACCAGUUCAACAUCGAGCUGAACAACAUGCAGGUGGUGGUGGCGCAGAGCGACGAGAAGUGGCUGGAGGGCAUCAUGUCCUCCACCACCACCUCCAUGCACCUGCUCAAUCCGGUCAGUCUGCAAGUAACUUUGGCCAAGUCGCUGAUACAGGACGACCCACGCAUCCCUCUGCACAAGUUCUCAGGAGUGCUGCCGUCGAUACAGGUCAACAUCGCCGACUCCAGGAUCAUGCUGCUCAUGUCGCUGGUCUACAGCAUUCCUUUGCCCAGCUCUGCGGCUCAGGAGACUGUCCCUUCGUUAACUAGGAGUUUGAGCCGCAGCUCAGUGAAUCAAUUAAUACAGGCGGCCAUCCAGGACCCGCACGAAAAGGUCAAGGAGGAAGUUAAGGAGUCUGAUGUGGCGCAGCAGUUCAUUAAAUUCCUGGCCAACUUUGAAAUGUCAGAGCUGUGCAUCACUAUUAAUCGUCAGGAGACGGUCCAGUCCCCCAUUACUCAGCUAGCAGUCUUCGAGUUGAAAUUGCUGACAAUUGGGCUGCGCCAGAAGAUGUACACCACCGAAGUGUCGGUCUCCUUGGACAGCGUCAACCUGUCGCAGAACAGAAGUGGAAAGGUCGUCCAGUUGGUCACCAACAAGACGGCCAGUUCCGCCGAUGCCUUAUUUAAAGUCAACUUCAUUCAGGCUAGCAAAAAGUCGCCGGACUUCCACACCUUGUACAAGUCUUCAGAAAUAACCCUCAACUUGGAGCUGGGCACCUUAUUGGUGUACGUCCACCAGGAGGCGGUUACGUCGCUGCUGCACUUCACGAACGACAUACAGGAGUUAAUGAACGACAGCAACCCGGAAGUGAAGGGGUUGUCGAAGAGCUCACUGACGAAGAGCAACACCAGCCUCGCCUCCAGCAUUCGUUCUUUACGAGACAAAACUGGCGGGUCGUUGUCGAAGAAGAAAAAGGUGGUGGACGCCAUCAAGUUUAAACUGUCGGCGUCCUUCAACGAGUUGAAAAUGAUGUUCGGGUCGGACACAGGGGAGUUGUUUGGUUGUGCCAUCAAGGGGGUGCAGUCGCAAGUCAUAAUUAAAAAUACGUACACUCAGGUGAACGCCAAGCUUAAGGAACUGUCGGUGGUGGACACCAACGCCUUCACCGUCCACUCCAAGAUAGUGCAGUCAUUAACGCAAGAAACCAUGAAGAUAGACCUGGUUAUGAACAACAUCGAAGAAGGAGUCGAGGACGAAAGGCCCAAUAUGCUGGUUCAUUGUUCUCUGGGGGCCAUUCGUAUCGUCUUUCUGAACCGUUUCGUCUCCACCGUUUUGGGCUUCUUGAACAACUUCCAAAACGCCCGCCAGUCCAUCAUCACCGUGUCCCAGGCGGCCGCCCAGAACGCCAAGGAGAACAUGAAGUCCGCCUACGAGUCGGCCGUCAAAAUAUCCCUGGAGGUCAACCUAAAGGCCCCAAUCAUUUUAGUACCAGUCGACUCGAAAAGCUUCGAAGUCCUCUACAUAGAUCUGGGUGAAAUAGCCUUGACCAACAAGUUCACGGUGCUGGCGGAGAAGAACAGUGUCGGCAACCCUGCCGUGAUCGACGAACUGAGUGCCAAACUCAGCAACCUGAAAAUCUCCACCGUCGUCUUGAAUUUGGAACGGGAGGUCGGUUCGGAGACGACCGUGCUGAAGCCGCUGACCACCACCGUGAUGGUCAAGAGGAACCUGUCCACGUCUUGGUUCAGAGGCGUCCCAGACAUCGACAUCACAGUCCAAAUAAAAACCAUAGAAGUGGUGCUGCACGACACGAGCUACAACAAAAUAAUGGGGGUGCUGAACGGCAAUCUGGCAGAGGGCGACGCCCAGCCACAACCCCAUUCACCGACAAUCAGCAAUACAGCGGCCAACGAAUUAAUCUCCGAACAACAGAUCGCCGUAGUUCACAACAAGGACGAGGAAAUCCAUGAAUUUUUGAAAUUCACCUUUGCCAUGAACACGUUGGACGUUAAGCUGCUGCAGGAGCAGUUCAUGCACAACACCACCAACCCCACCAGGUCCCGGUUCAGCUCGUUUGUCGAGAACGCACUGAACGAAUCCCAACAAUCCAACACCGGAGGCACCCAAGGCCUGGCCCAGUUCACACUCAAAGGACUCUCGAGCAAGGGCCGAAUAAUGACGGACGGCUCCAUCGUGGCCAGCGUCCUCCUCGUCGACUACCUGCUGACCGACAUUCGCCCAGGCCGUGACGGUAAACUCAACCGCCUGAUAGAGAGGACUCCAAUCCCCUACGGCAGUCAAGAAAGCUUGACCGGCAGGAGCAUGAUCGACCUGACGUUCCAGAAAAAGGACCUCGACACCUUCGUCGAUUUGAGGGUGUACAGCAUCACGUUGAUCCUCUCGAUGGACUACCUGAUGAAACUGGCCGCCUUCUUCAAGCCUCCAGUGGACGAGCCGGAAUCGACGACGAAGAUACAGAAGUCCCAGGCUGCCACUUCGGUGCACAAAUUGGCACAGGCCCAACAGCCGCCCAACCUGGCCAAUAAACAGCAAAUGACCAUUAACCUUAAGAUUGAGAAACCUGACAUAAUCCUGAUUGAAAAGACGGACGACAUCAACACCAAAGCCAUUGUGCUGAAUAAUGAAGUAUUAUUGAAAUACCGCAUCCACGACGAGCAUCAAGUAGUAAACGGCUCCAUCUCCAACUUGCAAAUGUACAUAUGCACCUACAACCCGGAGCUGCGUGACGCCUCCAAGAAGAACAUCUUGCACCCCCUCACAAUCAGCCUGGCGGGCUCCACUCCCGAAGACAAGGGUCUCCACUUGGAGUUGAUAGUAACGGACGUGCACCUGAGCGUGUCCCCCGCCAUCAUAGAACUACUGUCGAAAGUCAUCAGCACGGCCACCGCCAAGGAGGAGAUCACCCCCGAGGUCGGCGAGGUGCUGGUGAACCUGAACACGAUCUGGGAGGAACAGUGCUACGAGGACAACGAGCCGUGGUACCUGAAAACCGCGGACGCCGCCUCGGAGGUCACCGAAGACUUCCAGCUGCUUAAGAAGAAGUGUUUGGAUGAGAUGUGCAUAGUGUCCGUGUCGUCCGUUUCUAUAACGUUGGAGGCCGGUGUCGGCAAUCAAACGUUGCCCAUGAUCAUGGUCGAGACCUCUUUGAGGGGUUGCGUCCGAAACUGGAGCUCCCAGAUGGUGAUGGAAGCAAGCUUGACCUUGGAAGUGGGCUAUUACAACAGCAAAUUAGCCCUAUGGGAACCCUUAGUCGAACCCGUGACUGAAUUCGACUCAGCCGGCCAGCUAAGCUACGUCCCUUGGGAACUGAAAGUCGAGAUGGCCAUCAACGAACAAGAGGACGUGCUGAGCGGCACGAGCAGCGACGACAUCAACCGAGAAGACAAAAGCUCCGUUGUCGACAUCGACGUCAUAUCCGAGAACCGCCUCGAAAUAACCGUGACGAAGACGUGUCUGGAGGUGCUGACCAACCUGGGCAACGCCUUCGCCAACGCCCUCAAGGUGGACUUGGAGCACAAGGAGGACGACCGCACCGACGCCUCCUACAAAGUCGUCAACGAAACCGGCUUAACGUUGACGUUGAACCUUAAGGAGGGACCUUUCGCCAUGUACAACGAAGGAAGGAGCGUCAUUGACUUGGAAACGGUCGUGUUGGAGGGUACGGCCUCGGUGUUCCUCCAACUUAAAGGGGAGCAACGUCUGAUGUCCACGGUCAGGCUGCGGGAGCAGUUCUCCCAAGCUUUGGCUCCGGAGGAUUACAUUUUAGAAGUGGAGGUCAACGAUAAAAAUACAGUUUUGUCGCUGCCGGUUUUGAGGUCAGAGAUGCGAUACUUCCCACUUAUUUACAAAGGGGACACCAACGACAAUUGGGGCAUAAUCUCCCACGUCACUUUGGAAAACGGUUUGACGGUCAUCACUUUACGCAGCAUAAUUCAAGUGUACAACCACUUCAGACAACCCAUAGAGGUGUACCACAUGACCGACAAAGGCAACGAACUGAAAUUCAUCUCCUCCGUGCCGGCCGAGGGGCACAUCAACGUGCCAGUGCCAGCCGUCUACACGCAGACCAACGAGCUGUUCUUCGCCGUGCCCAACUUCUCCGUCAGCACCACCCCCUACGUGUGGAAGGACCUGCAGAACAACCUGGUGGUCACCAAGCUGCUGCAGUGCCCGCCCAGGUCACCCGAGUCCGGGUCUCAAAACUACAUAAUCAAGGCCAUGGGGGAGAUGCAGCAGGUGUACAUGGAGUCGACCAACAAGCACACCAUGGUCAGCAAUUGCUACAACAUCCACCUGCGACCGGUCAUCGAAUUCACCAACUGCCUGCCGGUCGACAUUAUCUUGAAUCUGGAGUCUCGUUCGGACGAGUACGAGAUCAAGGCGGGUCACACGUGGAACUUGCGCUUCGCCAUACCCGGAAAAUCGGCCCUGAUCAUCCGGAUCCCCAACUACUUGGAGAAGGAGUGGGUGUGCAGGAACGAAAUACUGGAGGUGCAGGAGGAGUUUGCUGUGUGGACGUUCACCAGUCACGACAGCCAAAAGUCGAUGAGCAUUGCCUUGGGUGUGCACUGCAUUAAUACCAGUGGAUCUGAGAUUAUGCAGUUGUACUGUCCUUUCUGGAUGCUCAACAAAACCGGAGUGUCUCUUGGAUAUAUUAAAUCAAAAAAGGCAACGAAAGAAGAUCCCCAGCAAAACGAAGAAACCAACUGCAUCCACCACCCACCGGACUUCAAGGGCCCAAUAAUGUUCUCAUUCAACGCCAAAAACUUCUUCGGCAAGAAAAAGGCCUCAAUAUGCGUGGACCAAGGCAAAUGGUCCAAGAAGUUCUCGCUGGACGUCGCCGGCUCCUCCGGCACCGUCAUAUGCGAGGCCAAUGACCAAACCUACCAGAUCGGCGUCCACAACCAGCUCACCUACAACGGCCUAACGAAACAAAUCACCUUCACCCCCUACUACGUGAUCCUGAACCAGGCCAACUACGCCAUCGACUGUCAGGAGUUCGACCGACCGGCCGACCCGUGGAUCACCGUCGAGGCCAAGUCGUGCGCCGCCUUCUGGCCCCGCAGCGACAAGGAGGACAAGUGCAUGAGGGUGCGGGUGCACGGCACCGAAGAGGUGACCGCCCACUUCCUGUACACCGAGAGCCACACCACCUUGCUGAAGCUCAAGAACAUGUACGGCGGAAUUAGUGUGGACGUGCAGCUAACCGAAGGGGCGGUGUACGUCAACUUCGCCAGCUGCGAAGAGGGUAUAGCUCCAGCCUUGAUAGUGAACGACACCAGCGACACCAUUGAGGUGUGGGAGAAGGAGCACGUACAAAAGUGGAACAUACCCCCCAAGCACUGCCAACUGUACACCUGGGAGAACCCCUCGGGACCCAGAAAGCUCGUGUGGCUCAAGAGCCCGAAGAAGGAAUACGAGGAUGACCUGCGCAAGGACGGACUGGGGGAAAUCACGUUGGAGGACGAGAGCCUCAUUUACUGGGCUUCGUUCCUGGAUGGGAUGCAAAGGGUGCUGCUGUUCACCGGUGAUAAGACUAUAGCGGAACAGGCCCAGUCGUCGAGCAUGAUGGAGCUCAUCCAACAAGACAUCAACGUCCAGAUCCAAGGCAUUGGUGUGUCUUUGGUAAACAACACCAUCAGACAGGAAAUAUUGUACGUGGCCAUCGCCAGCUCGGGCAUCAUCUGGGAGACGUGCAAGCUCAAAUCCAAACGAUUCAAGCCGUUGUCCAGCAAGGACAGCGAACACAUCGAGGAGGCCUACCAGUUGUACCAAAACCGUGUGAUGGCUGGCGACAAGCCACCGCAUCGAGUCUCGGUCGACGGCAAGACGGAAAUCGACUUCGAAACCAUGGAGUACUACAAGCCGGGCAAGAGGAACAUCAGACGUUGCUACCAAACCGGAUUGUGGCUUAACCUGAAGACCAGUCCCAAUCAGAUGCAGCUCCACAUCAAAGUUAACAGGAUUCAAAUCGACAAUCAGAUGUUCGAUUGUCUGUUCCCGGUUAUCCUGGCCCCGGUACCGCCACCCAAGAGUGUUGCUGCUAUUAACGACUGUAUGAAGCCGUUCAUUGAAGUGAGCAUAGUACAACUAUUAAUGAAGAACAGCCAAAUCAAACAGUACAAGUACUUCAAAGUGUUGGUGCAGGAGUUCCACAUCAAAGUAGAAAUGGGUCUCAUAAACGCCUUGUUAGGGUUGUUCGAACAAAAACCCAAGACCUACGAAGAAGAACGUGACUUGUUCUUGAAAGACGUCAACCUGGUGAACGAAAACCUGUACUCGCACGCGGCCGAAAUGUCACUUAAAGAACAGAAGAACUUCUACGAUCUGCUCCACUUCUCACCCCUGAAGGUGCACGUCAGCUUUUCGUUGGGAGGAGGCGAGUCUCAGAUGUCCGAAACUAAUAAUUUCAUCAACGUCCUGCUUCAGGGUGUCGGUGUUACUUUGACCGACAUGAACGACGUCGUCUUCAAGUUGGCGUAUUUCGAAAGGGACUACAUGUUCCUGACCCGCAACCAAUUGAUCAGCGAGACCACGACUCACUACGUGGGUCAAACCAUUAAACAAUUGUACGUGCUGAUUUUGGGACUUGAUGUGCUGGGCAACCCCUACGGACUUGUUUUGGGCAUCACCAAAGGGGUAGAAGAUCUCUUCUACGAGCCGUUCCAGGGUGCCAUUCAAGGUCCGGGCGAGUUCGCCGAAGGUCUGGUGCUGGGCGUGCGCAGUCUGUUCGGGCACACGGUGGGCGGGGCCGCCGGUGCCGUAUCCAAGAUCACCGGUGCCAUGGGUAAGGGCCUGGCGGCGCUCACCUUCGACAAAGAUUAUCAGCGUAAGCGACGUGAUCAGCUGAACAAGAAGGCCGGGAAUGUGCAGGAGCACUUUGCUCGUGGUGGAAAAGGGUUGGUUAUGGGUGUUUUUGAUGGUGUGACUGGAGUGUUCACUAAACCUGUUACUGGAGCCAAAGAGGAGGGUGUGGAAGGCUUCUUCAAGGGGCUAGGCAAGGGUGCCAUUGGCUUAGUUGCCAGACCCACUGCUGGCAUUGUUGAUUUUGCCAGCACAUCAUUCGACGUAGUCAAAAGAGCCACUGAUAGUUCAGAGGAGGUCACAAGGCUGCGCCAACCAAGAUUCAUCUCAGAAAACAGCCUGGUUAAGCCGUACAACACCAAAGACGCCCGAGGACAAAAACUGCUGGUCGAACUGGAGAAGGGCAAGUUUGCUGUCACAGACAUCUACGUCUACUUCCACGAGAUCAACAAGAAGGAAGUGGUCCUGCUGACCGACAAACGCCUGGCCUACAUCAACUACGUUGACGUCUUUGGAACCUGGCAGAUUGACUGGUCGUUCACUUGGGACGAACUGAAGAAUCCGGCCAAAAUCGUGCCGAAGGGCAUAACAAUCACCGUCUCAGGGAGUAAAAAGAAACUGUUUAAGUCGAACGAAACAAGUAGGCUUAUCGCUGUCAGUGAUGCCCGCUCGCAAAACGAAUUGUACACGAAGAUAGAGGAGCUAAGGGGAGCUUAAUAAUAUUCCUUAAUUGUUUUUAAGUCAAUAUAUUUUAUCACUAUAUAUAUAUACGAAUAUAUAUACGUUUGUUCUUGCUUUUUGAUAUAUUUUACAUGUUAAAUUCUUCGAGGUGUUUGUGCGCAAUGUGUGUGACUGUUUUUGUAACUUUUUUUUAUUUUUUAUUAUCUAUACAUACACAAUAUGCACAACUACUAGUCAUUACAAAUUGUUUUUAAUUUUGUUUAUUUUUUACUAGAGAAGUUAAUUUAUUUUCUAUGAGUUUUUUGUAUUGAAAUAUUAAUGUAUUUUUGCUUUAUGGUGCUUUGGGCGUUUUCACUUAAUGGAAUUCACACCACUUUCGUUUUUGUUAUGUGGCUUUAAAAAAUUAAAAUGCGUACUUUUUUAAUAAAGCUUUACAGCUUAA